GACGGUACACCGAGGAAUAAAACCCAAGAGCCAGAGGAAAACCGCACACACACAUACACACACACAUACACACACUCUCUCUGAGGCAGCAGCAUCGCGGAGAGCUCGCGACUGUGGAGCACUUCAGCCAGGCAAAGCACCUGAUCCAGUGUUCCGGCUGUGCUCGUCGCGCGCAUGUGUGUCUGAUCCGCGAUUUCUGAGCCUGCAUUUGCGGCAUGACAUGCAGAUAGAUCAUCCUCAUCCUCAUCAUCAUCACCAUCAUCACCAUCAUCAUCCUCCUGUAGUGUGGUUUAAUGGGGCUCCUGAGGACCAUGAUGCCGCCCAAGUUUCAGCUCCUGGCUCUGGUGCUUUUCGCGCUGGCCAUGCUCUUCAUCGAGAACCAGAUCCGCAAACUGGAGGAGUCCCGAGCAAAGCUGGAGCGCACUAUGGCCAGGUUGGAGCUACGUGAGGUGGAGCAGAGGCAGAAUCAUGACACAGUUCGUGAAUCCCCUGCGCUUGCAGAGAUUGAUGAUUUGCUCAUCAUCUACAACCGCGUGCCCAAAACUGGCAGCACGUCCUUCACUAACAUCGCCUACGACCUUUGUGCCAAGAACCGCUACCACGUUCUGCAUAUCAAUACCACCAAGAACAAUCCAGUCAUGUCCCUGCAGGAUCAGGUGAGGUUUGUUAGGAAUGUGACGUCCUGGAAGGAGAUGAAACCAGGGUUUUACCACGGACAUGUAGCAUACCUGGAUUUCUCCAAAUUUAGCGUGAGAGCAAAGCCCAUCUACAUUAACGUAGUGCGUGACCCUAUUGAGCGCCUGGUGUCCUACUACUACUUCCUGCGCUUCGGAGAUGACUACAGGCCCGGCCUGAGGCGGAGAAAGCAGGGAGACAAAAAGACGUUUGAUGAGUGUGUGGCAUCAGGGGGAUCUGACUGCGCUCCAGAGAAACUCUGGCUGCAGAUUCCAUUCUUCUGCGGCCAUUCCUCCGAGUGCUGGAAUGUAGGCAGUCGCUGGGCUCUGGAGCAGGCCAAAUACAACCUGGUGAAUGAGUAUCUGCUGGUGGGAGUGACGGAGGAGCUGGAGGACUUCAUCAUGAUGUUGGAGGCAGCACUGCCCCGUUUCUUCAGAGGAGCUACUGAUCUCUACCGCACAGGUAAGAAGUCCCACCUGAGGAAGACUAGCGAGAAGAAGCCUCCAACUAAAGAGUCCAUUUCCAAGCUGCAGCAGUCGGAUGUGUGGAAGAUGGAGAAUGAGUUCUAUGAGUUUGCACUCGAGCAGUUCCAGUUCGUCCGCGCUCAUGGUGUCAGAGAGAAGGACGGAGAGCUGUUCGUGCUGGCGCAGAACUUCUUCUACGAGAAGAUCUACCCAAAAGUGAACUGAAACAGGAGAGAGAAAGCCAUGACUUUUAACCUCUGUAUUUUCCAUCUUCACCAUGGAGGAGGACAAGGAGAGGAGAAUGUCUUCAGUAGAAAAUGGCAUCUGUGGAAAUAGAAAAAGAGCUCUUUGUGGAUUUAUUACCUCCUCAGUCAUAGUACAGUGGAAUUCUACUGUAUAUACGCUAUACAGUAGAUUACAAAACACUGUUUAUUAUAGAGAUGGAGAAGAUGUAAACUAUGCCGCGAGCACUGAUUACAGGAACUUUUAGAGUACUUUGAUGUCCAGUGCUCUUCUUUCUCAGACUUUAUGGCAGCCUGGACAAAUUUAUCACACCUGAAAAAGGCAUUUGUUUAAAAUAAUUCAUUUAGAAUUCCCUAAAAAGAGAUAAAGGGUACAUUUGAAAGUGAAACUCAACAGGGUGAAAAAUGGGUCUACAUUUUGUACCAGCCAGCGGCACAUUAAAUGCACCUUCCAUUUUAUUAUUAAGUGUUCUCAACUUUUUUUUUCCCUCUUUGGCAUUGUGUUUUUUAUGAUAGAAUGCCAUGUAUGUGUUUAGUGUGAAUAUUGUACCCCAACAAAAGAUCAAGUAGAACUCGUACAUAAUGCCUGUUUUACGCAGUCGGACCAAAUGGCUAUAAGAGAAACCAAGUCAUAGAUGUUGACCUUCAACUUUGGAAUGCUGAGAAAAACAAAAGAAGAAGCAGUACUUGAAGUAUUGCACUUUAAAAUCCCAAUAUUUUCUGUUUGUUUUUCAGUGUGGUUAUAAGGCAGAGGAUUUCCAAUGGACCACUGAAGAAAACAAUCAAGUAACUUGUACUUUUUUAUCAUCUGAGUGCAGGUAAUCAGUCCACUGAGAUUUCUAAUGAAGAGGGACAGAAGAAUGUAGCUGCCUUCAGCUUGGACUGUGGUCCUGUAGCUCCUCGGAGGAACCUUACUGGAGAGGUGAUGAUCUUUGUGGAGACCCUGUGCUUUUUAGAAGCCCUGGAUUGUCCAAAAAAAAAAAAACAAACAACAAAAAAGCUAGAUGUUUUAGUCAGUGCUGUUUUUUUACUUUGUGUUUUUGCUACUGUAUCUGUAAAGAAGAGCGAGGAGUCUGGGUACAGAGAGAUUUGAUAGCCAGGAAUAGAAUUGACUGAAAAUCAUCUAAACGCCUCCAUUUCCAAGACUGUGACAUGCACACUCAGAUCCUAUCUAGCUCCACUUUCAAUAGUGCCUUCAUAACCAGACGGCCAGCAUUCGUUCUCUGAAUGGUCAAAAACAUCACUCACUUUUCUAGGCCAUGUUUUUUUCAGAUACUGGCUUUCUUUUUGAGUUUCUGUUGUUAAUGUUUUCUUGGUGAAAAUUGUCUUUAAUGCAUUUUAAUAAACCCUGAACUGUCAUUGA